CUUUCUGCCGCGGCGAUUGACAUUUUUUUUGCCGUGAUAUGAAGCUCCUCUCGAUUUGAAUGGCUCACGCUGCAACUACAGGCUUAGUCAUUUGAGGACUUGGUCGACGCCCACCAUGUCGACUGAAGUGCUCGGUGGCUCCAUCCUCAUACCCGCGCUCCCCGACUCAAACCCUCUCCACGCUCCCUCGUUACCCAUCCGGGGCCCACGUUGGCUGCAUGUGCCGUUGCUCACGAUAGGACUUCUCGGCGUGUCGAUACUGUGGUCGGUGGAGAUGUCUUACGGUCCGCCGUACCUGCUCUCGCUGGGCCUCUCCCCUUCGCUCGUUGCCAUCGUGUUCCUCGCCGGGCCGCUCUCCGGUUUCAUCGUGCAACCUAUCAUCGGGGUUGUCGCCGACAACUCGACGUCCGCGUGGGGUCGGCGCCGGCCGUACAUGAUCGCCGGGAGCCUCGUCAGUGGAGCGGCGAUGCUUGUGCUGGGGUUCACGCGCUCGGUCAGCGAUGUGCUCUUCGGAGCGCGAUCGGUGAGUGGCUUACGUCGUCCCCGCGGCCUCGGUCGGUACUGACGAUGAAUUUGCGCUGGAAGAGCGACGAGACGGUCAUCGCGCUGGCUGUCAUUGCUAUCUGGGUGGCGGACUUUUCGAUCAAUGUCGUGCAAUCCAUGGACCGCGCGCUUAUCGUCGACGUUCUUCCUUCGGAGAUGCAGGCCUCGGCGACGGGGUGGGCGGCGCGGAUGAUGUGUAUCGGGAGUGUGAUUGGCUUUUUCGUGUGCGUGCUUCGCUACUGCUGUCGUCCGCUGCGUUCCUAAUAGCCGGUUGAUCUCCAAUACAGCGGGAAUCUGAACCUGCCCUCCCUAUUUCCGUUCUUCGGGAGUUCUGAGCUCCAGAUCCUCUCCGUAUUCGUCGUUCUACUUACUGUUCUCGGCCAUGCCACCACUGCGUUGAUGGUGCGAGAAGAAGCUUUUGCGAGACCAGAUGGACACCGACGGUCGUUCAUCGCCGAGCUGAAAGCGAUCUUCUCCAACUUGAUCACACUUCCGCCGGUGAUUCUGCGCAUCUGCCUGAUCCAAUUCUGUGCCUGGCUCGGCUGGUUUCCUCUCCAUUUCUACACGACAAUGUACAUCGCAUCGCUGUAUUCACCGUCCGAAACGGGACGCACGCCGGAGGAGAUUGCGGAUGAGGGAACGCGGCUGGGCGCGCGCGCGUUGUUCCAAUCCGCCGCUCUCACGCUGAUCGCCAACCUUAUUCUGCCGUUUUUCAUCCGAAGCACCGGCGCCACCGACGCGCUGUCCCAGGCGAAGACCCCCCGAUGGAAAUUUCCGCUGGCGAGGUUGUGGCAAUGGAGCCAUGCUUUCUUUGCUGUUUGCAUGUUGGGAACUUUCUUCAUCACGUCGAUGGAUGGUGCCAUCCUACUCAUCUCACUAUCAGGUAUCUCGUAUGCCGUGAGUAUGUGGGCGCCAUUCGCUCUACUAGGGGAAGCAAUCCUGGACGACGAAUCGGGCGAUGCAGAAUUGAGCGCCAAGGCUGGUGUCAUCCUGGGAAUCCAUAACCUGUUCAUCGUCGUCCCGCAAUUCCUCGUGUCACUUCUCUGUGCCGCCAUCUUCGCGGUCUUCACGCCGGAUCCAAAUACCCCAGGCCGCCAGAAGAAGGAGAGCGCGGUGGUAUACAUAUUCCAAUUUGCCGGCAUCUGGGCUUGCGUUGCGUUUUAUCUCUGUAGAAAAUUGGGGAAACGCAUCCGGUUGCCGGAGAAUCCGUGAAGAGUUAUAGAUUGGGUAUUUUACUCGUGUUCCCAGCUCACAGCAGAGUUCAAACUCCCACUAAGUAGUAUUCGCAGAAGACGGCUCUGCCGCCAUGUGCGGGGACAAAAUCGUACAAUACGCACGUGACGAUCGAUACGAUAUUUUAUUCAUCAGUUUCGGCCCUUUCAAUUCGGAGAGGGAGAUGUGUCAAUCUAUGUUCUGG